UGGCCUUCAGUUUUCUUGACACUUAGCGCUACAGCAUGAGUUCAUUCAACUACGAGAGCGCUCUUUCCACACCAGCAUCAGACGGAGUGGAUAAAGAGUUACAAACUUUUAUUCAGACUAUCCAACAAAGGGCUGAGUUCCAAAGUCAUGUGAAUCAUCUGGCUUCAGUGUGUUGGGACAAGUGUGUUAGUGGAUAUCCAUCGUCAAAAAUGGAUGCUAAAAAGUCUAAUUGCUUAGAGAAUUGUACUGAACGCUAUCUUGAUGUUUCUAUGCUUCUCCGUACCAAAUUUCAAUCUAUGUUGUCAAAUCUACAGCAGUAGUUCACUCUGUCACAUUGAAAACGGACAAACCUUUGCUCUUGCGGACGUUUAUCCUAUACAUAAGAAGCCGAAGACAACUUUAUUUUGUAUUUUUAGCAACGUCGCUUGUGCAGUUCGUUUGGUGCUGUAUGUGACGUAUUUUUGCUUAUGUACGACUCCAAUUGUUGGUUUUACAAUUCUAGGUCUUUUUAACUGUAAAAUUUAAGUUGUGAAGUGAGAAAUAUCAUUUUUUGAUUUACGAAUGUUCUGAUUUUGAUAAUUUAGUGAAUAAAUACAACUGUCAAUCGAAGUUUGUGGAUUCGUCAUCAACACAUCGAAUGCAGGUCAACGAGAUGCGUGGGGGAGAGAGCUAAUAUGUAGAAAGUAGCAGUGAAAAGAUCUUAGAAAGGAAUCCAUAAAAGCGUGUUUCGAAGCCAAACUUCGUACAGCAGCAGUACCAAGAAACACUAUAUCCCUUGAAGUCUUCAGCUGUCUUUUUGACUUGGGUACUAGCUUGAAAGCCUUUAUUUUCCUGUGUGGUUCUGAACAACGGAGACGUCAUAGGUUGGCACCAUUUUAAUUUGACUACUGAUAGCUUUAUUCAAACCUAAUUUUACUUCAGCUAACAUGAAGUGUAGAGGUUGAGGCUAGCUUGUCAUAUACAACGAAUAUUCAAGUAAAUUUAUUCGAUAAAAAUUGACAAGCUUAUCAACCUCUUUUACUCUUUCUCCUAAAACUACGCAUAACCUCUCACAUGGUGGUCCCAACACACGGAGCUGUGUUAGGCAUAAUGACUAGUAUGCGCUCAAAUGUUACACGGUACUAAUUAGUUUUACUUAAAUAUUAAUUAUAGACCUGUGGCUCAUUGAUCUAAACACUAAUUUCAACCAUUGGGUCACGGGUUUGAAGACCGCUCCACCAAACAAUUUUUUAGACACUCAUCGACAUUCACACAGGUGUGGCCUGCUGUUUAUUUCACAAACCUGCAAUUAGUUAAGCUACUUCCUCGAUCAACAGCUACUACUUUAACGUGGUGGUCAGGCUUACAUAUCGCAAGGAACCAGUCAUCUCCACUGGGGGAAACAUUUGUUCUCUGAGGUCCUACCAUACUAGAAAGGUCUAUUGGUUAGUGAUAAAACAAAAAUUAGUUAGCAUCAUAAUGAAAAAGACUACGUUGUGAUAAAAGUCCAAGGUCGUACGGCUGGCCAGACGGGCUGUCGCAGAAUUAAGAUUUUUUCUGCGGAUGACUAGGACUACCAUACUGCCCAAAAAGUAGUGCACUCCUCCCUACCGUGCAGUAUUCCGGCGGCAUAGGUUAUUCUUUUUUAGGACUAACGCAAUCAAAUCUCAAUCCAUUGUUAUCCCUCAACCGACAACUGAUACUUCGAAGUGAUGGUUGGGGUUGCAAAUCACAAUGACCCGACGAAAUACCGUACCAGAAAGGAUUGUUGGACAGACGCUAUGAUUGGCAUCCAAGAGCAAAGUACCGCUGGCUAGGGUAUAGAUAGCAAAGCGCUUCCCCUGGAUGACCGGAAGUGCCACACUGACGCCUCCUUCCCUAUGAGAAAUAGGGCUAGGAAACGUCGGAUCUACAUAUAACACACUCGCUUCUACCCCGUGGCAAACCGGUGCUGGCGGUGUGGUUUAGUGGUCAGAUUCUCCAAAAAUAAACAAAAAUCUCAAGCUUCUAUUAAGGCCAUGUGCAGAUGUCAUUUGGGCUCUGUAGUCAUGCAAAAAUCCUUCUUUUUCAGGUAUCUCAAGAAGUUUUCCACGUUGUGGGAGUCUUGGUUAUGUCAACCGCCCUCACAACUCUGACAGCACUCAUAUUGCUUCACGUCAUUAUCAACCUUCACCAUCGCCUUCUAAACUUUCUUCACGCGUCUUGAUCAACAAUUCAAGUUCAGGAUACUGCAUUCCUGAUCUCCAGAAACCGUGCUCCAAACUAUAUGUAUUUGAGUUUUCAAUUUCCCCCACCCCACGCCGUCAAAUUGGUCAUCUAGUUUUGCUAGCUCAAUUUCUAACAUCUUGAACCCUGAAUAUGUGUUGUGUUUGUGAAACACGCAUGUAGGACCCACUCCGUUUAUUCACUCAACCUCACCUGGUCAGUAUGGAGAAGGGAUUUUCAGUAAGAAAUUUAUUAAAUAUGAUAGUUAACACCUCACCAUUAUAUGAUCGAUUGAUGCUUUAAUGGUUUUAGGGAAAUUGGCAUUGGUAAAUGAAUAGUUGGUCCCUCAUUUAAAGAUGUAAAUCGUACUUAAAUGUAUGCUAGGAAAAUAGCGUAAUGGUGCGUUAGUCAUAGUUUUAAAUUAAAAUGAAUACAUUAAUAAACCUAUGUGGGAAGUUUUACAUUGCAUACAAUGAUCGUCAUAACUUUGGAUGCAUAUUCAACAGGAUGACCUUUCCAGUAUUUUGUGACAUUCGGCUAGUAUUUGACCGAUACUAAGUUCUUAAUACAACCAAGUAACUUGAAUGGAGUUCAUUAUUUGCUGGUAGGAUUCAGCUGAGAAAAAAAUAAAAGGUUCGUCUUUUUAACCUCUGUUUAAGACAUAUUUUACAAAUGUAUUUGGAAAGGGAAGUUUCGACUCGUGUGUGAUUAACUCAGGUAAGUUUCUGACAACACGAUAGGCUGGAUGAAUAUAGCAAAAUAGAAUUUAUAAACAGUUGUCUUAUACAUACUAAUCACAUAACAGAAAAUAUGUACACCAAGGAGUGUUUAUAAAAGAUGUAGGGAAUCCGUAAGAGCGCAAGCAAGUGAAUUAAUUCCUUCAUCUUUGUGCCCUGGUAGAAUCAACAAAUGUUUGUCUCACUGAAUAUCAUUUAUCCACGUUCGCUCGACAAGAAGAGCUGUAAAAAGUACAAUGAGAAUUACGAAAACAAUCAACUUAAGAUGGUGCAUUAUCGAGACAGAAGUUAUCAAUCAAUAGUGUGCAUGGUAUAACAGUGAUGAUGAAAAAUGAAGCAGGUAUAAAGGCUGGAUAAAAAGCCUUUUUCAAACUUCAUAGCAUCUUCAUACAUUCCAAUGCUGCGUACAAAAGAUAUCCCUCAACCUGUGGAAAUUUGACUAUCCACCAGGAAGUAAGGUGAGAAUGUCUAGUUUUGAAGGGAGUAAUGGUCAAAUAUGUCCUGUUACUGAGGGCUCUUUACCCCAACCUACUGAGUUGCAUAAAAGUCCACAGUUAGCUGACAUUGAAGCAGGGUGUUCACUACCACCGCUGCUAUAGAGCUUAGUCAGAAAUGUACUGUCAUAGGUCACUCGGUUUAUUCCCAACAUUUUUGGAAACGGUCUGCCAGAAUUUGUUGCAACAAAUGAAGAUGUCGGGUUUUUUUGGAUGGAUCGAUGGAAUAACGGAGCACGUUAAGCAUGCUUGUUACACAUAUCACGUAUAAGAUAUAUGCGCAACUAACAUUAGAUAUAGUUGUGCAAUUCGGUAACCUGAUCAAUUCAAAAAUAUUAGGCUUUGCCAGCCUUAAGAAAGUAAUUUAAUAUGCAUUUUACAUCCAACAAAUACAUAAAUUCAAGUGUUGGUACCAUUAAAUAAAUCGUCCAGUUAUAAUGUGGUCUUUAAGGCAUAAAAUUACAGAAUUUUCUACCUGGUGAGAACCGAUAAUUCCGCUGGGCAAGGUUCUUCAUCGCCGAUGUAUCUAUUAAUACUAGGGGCAGAGGUUUAUGUAUUUCGAGCCAGCCAUAGAGAUAUGGGGAUUUAGAUUCAGUUGGUUCUCAUAAAUAGAAUUUCUAUCCGGUUAGGUUUGUAUAAGAAAGAUGUGAUCUGUUUUUUAAAUUGAUCCGUGGACUCCAAGAAAGAUCCAUCAAACGAGUAACCUUCAGGAGUAAGACGGCAUUUAAAUUACCGUAGUUUCCAUCCAGUUCAGUAGUAGCAGGGAGGCACGAAUAAUACCUUGAAAGAAGAGGCAUUCCGGAUGAAACCGCUUGGAUAUAGCGAAACGGUUGGAGUAAAUUGAGCUACUGUUCACUUCCUUCCUAUCUAAGAUGUGUAAAUCAAAUUUCAUAUCAUGGGUGACUCUCUUGGUUUGAUCUUUAGAAAGACUUAGCCCUCUUAUCACAGGGACAUAUGCAGCUGUAUAACAGUCAAUCGAAAAAGCUACGUCUAUAUACACUUUCUAACCUUCACAAUAUGUGGAUGUGGCAAGUGAACAGUAGUCACAAAUAUGCAGGAAAAACUAAUCGAUCUAUGCAAGUGGGGGUCUUGGAGCAUAUUCCUAAAUGGUCUCCAAAGCAAUGACGCCAUCGAUGCGUACAAUAGACACCUGAGCUCUUCGAUCUCAAAUUGUUUUGUCAAUAUGGAUAAAAAUGUUGGUAUUUGUGCACCCUCUAAACUAAUUCACAUACCUAAUGUAAACUGUUGCUCGGGUGGGCUUUGGCAGGUAAUUCAUCGAUGAAAUCUCUGCGCUGAUACAAAAGGCUGGCUUAGCCUUCAUAAAAUUAUACCAUGUAUGUUACUACGGUGAUAUCUGAUUGUCUAUUUAGGACCAAGUGUACUCCGCUGCAGCUCGUGAAUCAUGGUCGUUAGAAAUGGCACACAUGAGAAGGCUCCAGGUGUUCGACCGCUGUUGUCCUUGUAGCAGAGAUUGUGUGUCGUUGUGCCACCACAUCGGAGUUGAUGAGGCUGUGAGUUCUCAUCGACUUAUUUGGCUUGAAAAUGUGUUAAGUAUGCUUAGUCACUGUUUACCCCGUUUUACAAUGUUAGUUUCAGUAGGUUCAUGUUAGAAGUAACAGGUGGCUGGAAUGAAAUAUUGUAUUAGUCGACGAAGUUUCAAACUAUUGAUCCGAACGGUCAAGGGAAAUGUGGACUUCUUCGUUGGGGUCUGCCUGACAAUCGAAAUCGGUGAUUCAGGACUCUAUGAGAUAAACCUUAGAAUCUGUCUUAGUGGUGCAGAUGUAUUCACUUAUAAUCUUCAUUUUAGUCGUAAUACAGAAUUCCACUACUGUUUCAUUCUUCAAUACUCUCUCUUCAAGAAUGUUUACCACCUCUGAUCAUUUUCUUCCUAAUUUUUCUACCUUCCACCUUCAGGCUUUCUUUGAUGUAGUGAUAUGCGGGAUGGCAAGUCGCAGCGUUACACAGUAAUGCUAAGUCCCAUCCUAAUGCCGACCGACUGUAGGGGUGUAUAGUGAAAUUUGCCGGAGAAAAAACUAUUAGAAAUUUUGGGUCAAAUUUUCUCAAGAGGUUGACCAUCACAAUGGCUUUUGUUGAAUUCCGUUCUGAAGCCAUAUUCAAUGUACUAUUAUUUUAAACUUUAAUUUGGCCUCCGAAUAGAUUCUAUUCUUACU